AUGACUCGUGUCAUUGAAAAGGCCAUCAGCCUCGUGACUACCAAUGAAGAACUCAUCCGCUCGGUCGAGGGUAUGGAAUGCAUAAUGCCCGAGACUGUAUACCAGAACUACGCUGGGAAUCUCCACCGUGCAUGGAUGGCAAUGCACCGGGCAAUUACCGUUGCGCAGAUGAUGAAUCUACAACGUGGACUUGUCUCGCCGUCCUUGAAAUUCAUUGAGCCCGAGACUCGGGUAACAUUCAACCCUGCUCAAACCUGUUUCAAAUUGAUCCAAACGGACCGCUACCUGUCAAUAAUGCUAGGCUUGCCACACAGCUCUCUCGACGAUCGCUUCCCUACUCCCCAGCUGUCAGACGAAUGCAGCCCAACCGAACGCAUGCAAUGCAUCCACUGCGCCGUAGCCGGUCGUAUUAUUGAGCGAAACAAUGGCGGGUUCAACAGCCUUGCCAAAGCCGAAGAGGAUGAUGUGCUGUUACGCAAAGCUGCAGAUGAAAUGGCACCUCAAUGGUGGCUGAUUCCGAAUUUCAUACCCUGCAGUAGUGACGGCUCAAAACUUCUUCGGGAUACACUUCGCAUAAUGGAUCAGCUUACGCACUAUCAUAUGCUUAUACGACUGCAUCUACCCUACAUCUUUUUCUCACCUGGCCCAAGGAAUAAUCGUAGCAAGAUUACCGCCAUCAAUGCUAGCCGCGAAAUACUGUCUCGUUAUAUUGCAUUCCGCACUUCGAGCUCUGCACAUUUCUACUGCCGCGGCUGUUAUUUCCUUGCAUUUAUUGCCAUUAACAUACUUUGUAUUGCUCACAUCAAUUCUCGAAGCCAGUCUCAUGGAAUUGAGAGCUCGGGCGUGCACACUGGUUUUGAAUGCCUCGCUCCACAGUCGUCCAAGUGA